AUGCAAUCCCACAACAACGCCCCAUCACGCCACCCCCUCACCGGCCAACCCCCCCGUCAACCCCUUCAUCCUCCUCCCCAAAAGAUCAUCCUCACUCGCCAAACUAACCAAGCUCUUCCUCCUCCCGCCAUCGCUCUUCCUCACCCUACCCCUACCCCCGCCCCCCUCUUUCCUCGGCGACGUCUUGCGCCCCUUGUUCAGCACCGUCAUCUCCAACGGCCGGUCCUCAUCCGCACUACUCGCCGUCCCCGUCCGGCGAUGAUGGCGCCUGCGAAGCGGGCUCUGCAGGCCCUCGACGGCUUCUGCGAGACCCGCCGUGGCUCCGGAGCCAAAGGGGUAUACGGUGUGUCGGCCGUGUCGAGGGUGCGAGUUGGAUGGCGGGCCUCCGACUCAAACGCCUCCACUAUCCACUCGGCACAGCGCGAGAUGACCGUUCAGCCUUCUGGGUAG